GGAGGAGGAGGAGAGGAAGCAGAGGAAGGAGAGCAAACAGCUACGAUUUCUCAGCCUGGAAACACCACCGGACGGAGAACCGUACUAGUGUUGUAGUAGAACCGUAACCGUCUAAACAGGCCUCAUUGAGCAGCUGGUGUUGUGACCGGAGCCUGAUCCGGGUUAAUGCUGUAUCGAGGCCAGAGGAGCCUGGUGUCGGAGCGUCCUUGUGCUGACUAGAGGGCGACAGGUCCGGGGCAGAUACCACCACCCCGCUCCGCUGGUGCUGCAGCGGCUCCAUGCGGGGCAGUGUCCGGGCAGCACCGCGGCAGGCUCGGGUAGCUCGGGUAGCUCGGGUGGGUCCGCUCUCGGCUCGAUGGGGCUCCGGAGCUGCUGGAAGUCUCGCCAUAAAAGCGGCCGGCUCCCCCCGCUGCUGCUGGCGGCUCUGGCCUGGCUGUGUGUGACCCCCUGCGGGGGGGACACGGGGACAGACCCCAAGUACAUCAUCCAGAAGGAGGCAGAGUUUGAUGUCACCUACAACGACACGGUUACCAGUGUAAACCAGACCAUCUACGCCUUCAACCACACCGUCUCCAGGAAUAGGUCGGAGGGGGUGCGGGUGUCCGUGGACGUGAUGCAGCAGUAUUUGGAGAGUCCCAUCCUGUUUGUGGUUCGGCAGAAGCAAGCAGUGAUGUCCUUUCAAGUCCCUCUCAUCCUCAGAGGCCUCUACCAGAGAAAGUACCCUUACAAACACGUGGCCCGGACACUGUGCCAACCUCCAACCCGAGCCCUCUCUGAGACCCAGUACUUCUAUGUUGACGUGUCUACUCUGUCCAGCCAGGGUACAAACUACCAGCUCCGAGUCAGCCGUGUCGAGCAUUUCACCCUGCAGACGGACAAGAAAUUCAGCUUCAUUGCGUCGCCAUCUCAACCUCAGUACUAUAAGUAUGUAUUUCCAGACGGGGUGGACACAGUGAUCGUCAAGGUCAACUCAGACAUGGACUUCCCCUGCUCUGUGAUGUCCAUUCAAGACAUCCAGUGCCCCGUCUAUGACCUUGACAACAACGUGGCCUUCAUUGGGAUGUACCAGACUAUGACAAAGAAAGGGGCCAUUACUGUGCAGAGGAAGGAUUUUCCUAGCAACAGUUUCUAUGUGGUGGUAGUGGUAAAAACGGAGGAUGAGGCGUGUGGCGGUCCGCUGCGGUUCUACCCCCUGAGACCUGAUGAGCUGAUUGAUGCCGGCAACCGCACCAAGGUCGUCGAUGUGUUGGUCACUCCUGCCAUCAAAUCGGAGAAGUAUGUGAUGGGCAUGCUCUUCUGUCUGGGCAUCUUCCUGUCUUUCUACCCGCUCACCCUGCUGGUGGCCUGUGUUGAGAACAAGCGAAUGAACAGGAGGAAGGACUUGUUUCAGAUCCCUGCAGAUCUGUCGCCGGCUGAGACAGGCAAGACCCCAGCCUCGCCGUAUGAAUACGGCUCCUUUGCCGACAACGGCAGCACACUGAGCUCAGAGGCCGUCACUGACAGCGCCACAUCAACCGACAACAACUAUGGAUACAUGGGACAGGAGCCUUUCAAACGCCGACCAAUCCUCAAUCACCUUCACCACAUAGCCGUCCGCAUCGAGCGAUCCCUGGACAGUGUUGGACGCAGCAGGCAGGAGUCUUUGAGCUCUGUGGAGGAGGAUGACUAUGACACGCUAGAUGACGUCAACUCAGACAAGAAUAUCGUCCGCACCAAGAAAUACCUGUGUGUGUCUGACCUGGCACGUAAAGAUAAGAGGGUUCUCAGUAAGAAAUAUCAAAUCUACUUCUGGAACAUUGCCACCAUUGCUGUUUUCUACGCGCUGCCGGUCAUCCAGCUGGUCAUCACCUAUCAGACGGUUGUAAAUGUGACAGGAAACCAGGACAUCUGCUACUACAACUUCCUGUGUGCCCACCCCCUGGGAGCCCUAAGCGCAUUCAACAACAUCCUCAGUAACGUUGGUUACGUGAUGUUGGGCUUCCUUUUCCUCCUCAUCGUCCUAAAGAGAGAUAUCGUCCACAACCGAGCCCUGUUUCGCAAUGAACCCAAUGCUCUGGAGUGUGGCAUCCCGAAGCACUUUGGUCUGUUUUAUGCUAUGGGAACAGCUCUGAUGAUGGAGGGCUUGCUGAGUGCCUGCUACCACGUGUGUCCCAACUACACCAACUUCCAGUUUGACACGUCCUUCAUGUACAUGAUUGCUGGGCUGUGUAUGUUGAAGCUGUAUCAGAAACGACACCCGGACAUCAACGCUAGUGCGUACACUGCCUACGCCUGCCUGGCUGCGGUCAUCUUCUUCUCUGUGCUGGGCGUGGUGUUUGGAAGAGGAAACAUGGUGUUCUGGAUCGUGUUCUCCGUGAUCCACAUACUGGCCACGCUCCUCCUCAGCACACAGCUCUACUACAUGGGGCGCUGGAGGCUCGACACUGGUGUCAUGCGCAGGAUCGUGUACGUCAUCUACACAGACUGUAUCAGACAGUGCAGCGGACCCAUGUACAUUGACCGUAUGGUUCUGCUUGUGUUGGGAAACAUUGUUAACUGGUCUCUGGCUGCUUACGGUCUCAUAAAGAGACCUAAUGACUUCGCCUCCUACCUGCUGGCCAUCGCCAUCUGCAACCUGCUGCUCUACUUUGCCUUUUACAUCAUCAUGAAGCUGCGGAGUGGUGAGAGGAUCAAGUGUCUGCCGCUGGUGAUUAUCCUCUUUACAGCGGUUGUCUGGGGCUUCGCGUUGUACUUCUUCUUCCAGGGUCUCAGCACCUGGCAGAAAACCCCGGCGGAGUCUCGUGAGCACAACAGAGACUGUAUCCUGUUGUCAUUCUUUGACGACCACGACAUUUGGCACUUCCUGUCGUCCAUCGCCAUGUUUGGAUCAUUCCUGGUCCUUCUGACCAUGGAUGACGACCUUGACGCUGUCCAGAGAGACAAAAUCUACGUCUUCUAGAUGUAUCUGGUCGUCCGUGAGAAGCUGUGCUCAUCCUCUGCCUUAUCGCCUCUUCUCUUGUUUGCAUCUUCUCCAUGAUUUCAAAGAAGCACAGCCACCAGGGUUUUCUCAGGCUGAUGAGCGGCACACCUCCGCCUCUCAUGGCCGGCGGGGCAGCCGCGGCCGCCCCCCCACCCCCCCCAUCGCCUGUACGGACACUCGUGUGCCAAUCGAGCUGAAGCGCCGCCGAGCAACGCUGAAGUGUUUUGUCCUCUCGCUGCGAUCAUCGAUGUUGCUGUUGUAAUCAAUGUUUACUUACUGCUGAUGAUGAAUAUAACUGUACACACAGAACUGUCUAAUUUAACUUAUUUUAUACUGUCUGCAUUAUACUUGACCUUUAUGGCAACGAUGCAUUUUGAAAUUAGUUUGUACGUUGUGUGUGCGUGUUUACAAACAUAUGUAUGCGAUCAUGAAUCCUGUCCAGUCCCGGUGGCCUUCAACAUUUCUAAUCAUGUUAGUCACAUACUGUGCUCUGAUUGCUCAGAUCCUAUGGCUAAAAGUCCUCGUUGGAGAAUAUUGAUGAUGAUGAUUGUACUCACUUCUCGACUGCCCUCGUGUAUAACUUUGAAAGUAUUUUUGCACUGUUCCGUAUGAAAAAUGGAUUUUAUUGUCGAAUGUUGCAUUGAGCGGUUACUGAAAUAAAGGUCUGCUUUUCA